AUGGCCGAUCACGACGACCUGCACCCUGAGCCCACCGAGGGCUUCAAGGUCGGCGAGAAGAAGACGAUUGAUGAAUACCAGCAGCUAGACCAGAACGACGAGUCCCUCCGCAAGUGGAAAGAGUCACUCGGCCUCGGCGGCGGCAAGUCAAUCAGCGACCCCAGCGACCCACGUAAAUGCAUCAUCCUCUCUCUCGGCCUCGAAGUCGAAGGCCGCCCCGAUAUCAUCAUCGACCUCAAGACGCCCGGCGCACUCGAGAAGCUCAAGGACCAGCCGUUUAGGAUCAAGGAGGGCGCGCAGUUCAGGAUGAAGGCGCAGUUCAAGGUCCAGCAUGAGAUUCUCGCGGGCUUGAAGUAUCUCCAGAAGGUCAACAAGGGCCCGUUGAGCAGUAAGAUGCAGGAGAUGAUGGGAAGCUAUGGACCUAGUACGGAGGAGAAGCCUUUUUACGAGAAGAAGUUCGAGUCUGAGACCGCACCUUCCGGUCUGCUCGGUCGCGGCCACUACAAGGCUGUCUCCAAGUUCGUCGACGACGACAAUCAGACCCACCUGCAAUUCGAGUGGUCUUUCGACAUCAAGAAGGACUGGUGA